AAAACAGCUGCAUGGCGGGGGUCCAGGAACGGCAAUACGAAGAGUUCUUUGGUGGGUUUUACUUCGAUGAAGAUGCGUUAAGCAAGGAUAUAUCACUGGAUGGGCUGGACAAGGAACUUGAGGAGCACAAGAACUAUGAUGUGCUAAUAAGUAUUCUAACCAACGGUGAAAAACAGCGUGACAUGGCAACCAUGGUGGAAGGCAACCUAGGGCAUAUUGAACAGGAUCUGAUUCAAGAUUAUAUAAAAGAUAAUGACAGCCUAGUUCUGUUGCAUGAUCAGAUUCAUGACUGUGACAUUGUUUUAUCUCAAAUAGGAUCACUUCUUAGUGGAUUUCAGGUUCACAUUCGUUCUUUAAGCUCGGAACUUAGAAGUCUCCACGAGAAAUCCUUGGACUUGGGUGUGAGGCUGAAGAACCGGAAGUUGGCUGAGACAAAGCUUGCAGCAUUUGUCGAAGAAAUUGUCGCUCCUCCUGGUUUGGUGAAUGCUAUAAUUGAUGGAGAGGUAAAUGAUGAUUAUAUCAAAAGUCUAAACAUGUUGAGCAAAAAGUUAAGAUUUGCUCAAGUUGAUCCAUUGCUUAAUGCAUCAAAAGCUCUGAAAGAUAUUAAGCAAGAACUGGAAAGGCUUCGGAAAAAGGCACUAUCAAAGGUGUCCGCCUAUGUCAUUGGGAUAUUCUCUUCCAUGAGAAAGCCUGGAACUAAUAUCCAGAUACUUCAACAAAAUUUGCUUCAGAAGUAUAGGCAUCUUGUUCUCUUUCUUAAAGAGCAUGGAAUCGAGAAAUAUAAUGAUGUCUGUGCAGCAUAUGUUGAUAAAAUGAACAAGGUGCUGAGUGAAGAUUUUCGUGUGUACUUAGAAGCAUUGGAGAGUUUGAAGCUAGAUAUUGGUGUAUCCACUGAUGUGAUUGGAUAUGACGCCAAUGUCGUAGACCUUAUACCAAGGGGGAGAGAGCAACUGAGAAAUCAUCGUUUCAUGUUUUCUUUAGGUGAACGAUCAAACAUUUUGAAGGAGAUUGAUCAGCCUGGCUUGGUACCUUGUAUAUCUGAAGCUAAUUCCUUGAAAUACCCAUAUGAAGUUAUUUUUAGGAGCCUACAAAAGCUUCUGAUGGACACUGCUAGCUCUGAGUAUAUUUUUAUCAAAGCAUUCUUUCGCGAUGAGUCGAUGUUUUAUCGAGUUUUUGAAGGACCUGUUGCAGUAAUUGAUGAAAACAUGAAGCUUACUCUUGCAAAUAGUCAUGAUGCAAUAUGCCUGAUGCUCAUGAUCUGCAUAACUAAAAAGCACCAGCUGGUUAUGUCCAACAGGCGGCUUCCUUGUCUAGAUACAUAUUUGGAUAAGGCUCUGAUCUAUCUCUGGCCACGUUUCAAGACAGUGUUUGACAUGUAUAUUCAAAGCUUGUACCAAUGUGAUGCGAAAAUGUUAUGGGUGGAUGGGACCCAUCCACACCACAUUGUAAGGUGCUACAUGGAGUUCACAGCAUCUCUUAUUCAACUUAAUGCUGAAUGUGGAGAUGGUCAGCUUGAUAUGAGCUUGAAAAGGUUGCGGUUAGCUGUUGAUGAUCUACUUGUUAGAUUUGCCGAAAAGUUUGCAACUCAGAAACUGAAACACCUGUUUCUUUUGAAUAAUUGUGACAUGGCCAUCUCUAUCCUGAAGGAAGCUGGUGAAGAAGCAAAAGAACUGCGAAGAUAUUUUGAAGAGAAGCUGGAAAGUAACCUGGUGUCAUUUGUGGAUGAAUUGCUCAUGGAGUAUUUUGGUGAUUUAAUUAAAUUUGUGAAGAACCACAUUUCCGAAGACCUAAUUUCUUACACUGAGUGCCCAAACAUUGCUGAUGUUGAGCCGGUUGUGAAGAACUUCGCCGUGAAGUGGAGAACUGCUCUAGAGCUCAUGCACAAUGAAGUUGUAACUUGUUGCAGUAACUUUGUGUCUGGUAUGGCGAUUCUAAAAGCAGCAAUGGCUCAGUUGCUUAAUGACUACAACAGACUCUCAGAAUGUGUGAAGAUGAUCCCAGGUGGAUCUUCUUUGAACAGGAAUCUGGUUUCUAUCACCUCGAUUUCAUACGAAAUCAGGAAAUAUUCAAGAACACUCUAGUUACUUGAAUAGCAUGGCAGCCACGCACGUAUCCUACGCCUCUGUGUAAUUGAGGCUCAAAUAAAUGAUUGCGGAUGGACUCUCAGGAUCAAAGCUGGAGAGGAACUUGUGCUCUGUCAAGCAAUAAAGAGCUGAAAAAUACAUCAGUGUUGAUAUUUUUUAAUCCCUGUACCAAAUAAUGUCACUUGUAGUUGGAUUUCAACAUUAGGCAAUAGUGCAAAUUAGGAUAUUAUUUAUUUUUUCUUAUAGCUUAUUUUAUUGGAUAUACUAUCGCUGAAAGUUGUGGACAAAAUGAUACUCGUCAAUUAUGUCCUAGUCACAGUUUA